AAAGAGUGCUACUUUAGGCAUGUUCUGAUAGUACAGUAUACAGGACUUGCAUAAACACACCGAGAUCCAGUAAAAUGCUCUUUCUGUUGCUCCUAAGCGUUGUUGGGCUGUCUUAUAGUCAGGUUGUGCUGCCACAUGGCCAUGACUUAAAAGUGGUUGUAGACAAAGCAUUUGCAAGGUUGGAUCACAGCCCUCAGGAUGGCAUAGUUACCGAAAGCGAAUGGGACAUAAUAGCUUUAAGAGCGGAUGCAGAUAACGAUACGUGUGUAACAGAGGCGGAAUACGCCGCAACUAGUUUAGCGCAUGCGCCGGAAGUUGCUACCAAGCUGUUUCAUUUCCUCGACCACGAUAAAAACCAAUGUCUUACAAUCCCGGAUAUGCAAGCCGAUUAUCAUAUGGUCGACCAUAACAACGACGGACGGGUAACUCUACACGAAUGGGACCAGUACUUUACACAUUUGGCACAACAGUUAUUCGGACACGGACACAACGGCCAUAAUGGAAAAUAAAGAGAUUGAAAAUAAAAAUAUAUUUGUUUUCCAUUAUUUCAUACUACACUUUAAAAUAAACUGAAAAUCUAAA